AUGGAAGCCGACAGCAGCAGCAGUCCUUGGCAUCUUAUUCAGGACUUGGAGGCGCAGAGCGGGGGUGUUGGGCCUCCUUCGUCCUUCGAAGAGCCUCCGGUGAGCCCUCCUUAUAGCCUGGAUGAGGAUAUAGUCUAUGAACCUUCUAUACAGGAGGAAGCUGCUUGGUAUGGGCAGGUGCGCGAAGCGGAUGAUUCGGAGGGCCCUCAGCCAGCCGAAGCAGUGACUCGUCGUGGUCUUGAUAAUGAUCAGGUCACCGAGGAUGCACAUCAAUCAGUGUGGCGUGGGCCUUCCUUGACAGACGAAGCCUUUACUAAGCUGGCAGCGGAUGCUUCUUUCAAGAGGAUGCGUUUGGAGAGACCUCGUCAUUGCUGGGAGAACAGUCGCCUUUUUGGGGGGUCAUCGAGUCACCUUUCUUUAAGCAAUUGGCUUGCAAGACCUCCUUCCGUGGGCAUUAGGGAAACCCUGAAUAGGCCCGAGCCAGAUGAGAAGUUUGGCGGCGAAGGGGCAGCUGAGAUUCCUUGGACCAUUGAGAAAAAGCUCAGGGGCAUGCGGCUUGUUAAGUGUGAUGAGGAUGAGCGGAACUACGCUCUGAAGAAGCUUAAGGCUGUAAUACUCUUGGACCCUCCUGCUACGGCCCUGGGCUUGAGUUUGGUUCGGCAAACAGGAGCCCUGGAAUCUGACGAGGUUGUGGCUGCAAACUUCUGCGACGCUUUUAGUGCCAAGGCGUCUGGAACACCUACGAAGCGAGCCUCUUCCUUGCAGAGGUUGGUUCUUCAACUGUAUCGACAGAACGUAGACUCGCCCUGGCGAAUUACAGAGAGAGACUUGUAUGCUGCACUGGGCGCGCUGCGUGAUGGGGGUUGUGGGGCCACGGCUCCUGCCCACAUCCUGGAAAGCUUGCGCUUUGUUCACAGCAUUGCCAGGUUCUUGUACUUGGAUCUCGAAGUGGUGAUUUCAGCCAGGUGCAGGGGAGUGGCUCAUUCUUGCUUCUUGACAAAGGCCCCUUUGGUGCAACGCGAUCCAUUAACUUGUGAACAGGUUAAGCUUUUGGAGGAGAAGAUGGUCAGAGCGGGGCCAGUGGUACAGUGCAUUUUGGGUCAGAUUCUUUUCUGUGUGCAUGCGGUAUGCCGAUGGAAGGAUUCUCAGCGCCUCAAGGUGUUGGAACUCAUUGGGAGUGGGGAAAGCCAGAUUCUCUUUGGGGAUGCCUUGGGGAGCAAGACUUCGUUGAGCAAGGAAGCGAAAACAAAGCUCACCCCUUAUGCAGCGCUGGCCCAGGGACUUACAGAAUGCAACUGGGGGUCGCUGCGCCUGGAGGCUUGGGGAUCCACGCAGAUGGGAGCUGCAGAAGCUUCGGCAUGGAUGCAGGAGUUGCUUGUAG